AUGGGAAAGUAUAUAGAUAUCGCACUAGAAUCUUCAACUUCCACAAUACCUGAAGAAGAUGAAGUGGUGAAGCAAGCCGAAUGCGAGUGCUGUGGAUUCAAAGAGGAUUGCACCGCGGAUUACAUCACGAGAGUGAAGGAUCGCCAUUGUGGGAGAUGGGUUUGCGGGCUAUGCUCGGAGGCUGUAAAAGAAAGGUUAAACGGAGCUACCCCGACGGCGGCGGCCAUGGAAGACGCGGUGAGUUCUCACAGGGAAUUUUGCCAGAACUUCAACAGCACCACCAGACUCAACCCCAAACUGUCUCUCACCUUUGCGAUGAGGGAUAUAGCUAAAAGAAGCCAUGAGACUCGACGAAGCUCCAACAGUUUGGUUGCAUCGAAGAUCGGUAGAAGCACUAGCUGUGUCCCAAAGAUCGAUUUAAAUAAGCACUCACUGGUUUAA